CAAGUGGCUCGCCAGACGCUGGCAUGACCAAGCAAAAACUCGUAUCUCCGCCGUGGGUGUCGCAUGGGCUUGGGGUGCUGGCAUGUCUCCGCUGGUCGCCAUGGCUGCGCCACUCCGGCGGCGACUUCGGGGCGUGGUCUGGUCGACGGAUGCGGUGGAAGUCGAUUCCCACACCCCCCUAUAAAUUCAGCGCCGGGGGUGAUUCCUCUCAUCCCACCACCACCUCGCACGUCCCUUUCCCUGCGAAAAUGGCUCCCGCUGCGUAUGACCCGGAUAUCCUCCGACCCACCACCGGUCACGACAAUCCUAAGAGGUGCUAUUCCCUCGUUCUUGGCGUCAAUGCUCCCCAUCCUCACCUCAGCCACUUCCACGAGGAUGAUAUUCGCCACAACGGCGCUGCUGAUCGCAUUCGCAGCAAAUUGAUGGAGUUUGUACGUGAGUACACCACCCAUCCAAAUUGCCCCCAUGCAGCAACCUUGUUCAGCGCAACGGUCAGCCCGAAGCUCUUGGAUCGCCCCGGAGGAGCCCCGAUCAUCUACGACUACACUAUUGGUCUUUCUGGGCUGCGAGCCUUCUGCCACGCCUGGUGCAUCCACAAUGAUCUCCAGAGCGACGCCGCCGACGAGAUCAAGGAUGCCAUGAUGGCGCAUCUCUUGGAUCUGAAGAACACCAAGCAAAAUCGCAUCCGUCUGACUCCCGAGUCACGUAAGCGCCGCCGUAUCGAUCCCGGUAGCGUCCCCCAGGCCGAUCCAACCCCCGCAAACCAACCAACGGCUCAGGUCUCCAAUGUCGAGCAAACCGCUUUGGCCGUCGCUCCGGCUUUCGACAUUGCCGCGAUGACGAACGCAUUCAAGGUGGUCAAUGAACACAGCAGCAAACCUGUUAGCAACGCACAGGUGAUCAAUACCUACAUGGCGAUGGCCUCUGUCCUCCCGCCUGAUGUCAGAAAUCAUGUCGGAAACAUGAUGAACACCAUGCUCCAAAUGGAGCAUAUCAAGGCUCAGGUCGAUGCCGGCGAGGAGCAAUAUCGCCAGCGUGUCAGACAGCGCAUGCUCGACAGGGAGGAGCAAGAAGAGGCCUCCACAAGGGCUGAGGAUCAGCAAAUACGCCAGAAGAUGUUCGAGUGUGAGAUGAGCCUCGUCGACAACUUCCAACUCCUGCAAGAGAAAUUUGGGACCUGUAUCAAUCUCCUCGAGGACGCCGAGAACACCAUUCGCACGAACCAUACCAUGAACGCCAGUGACAAAAAUGCACUCAGGGUCGUCUUCACGCAGAACAGGCAUAUCAUGGAUCAAGGGCGACACAUGAUCAACGCCAAGCAAUAUAUCGUCCCACCCUUCCUCCGUCCACAGUUGGACAGAUGCUUGGCCGAUUUUGCGGUCUAUCAGCAGCAACACAAGCAUCCCGCCGCUAUCGCAGCCAUCGAGGGUGCUCCAGUGGCCUCAUCCUCAUCCAGCCCUCCAGCCGUCAUCGCCAUGCGCCAUGACAUCAACUCGGUCAGAGCGAUUGAGCCAUUUGCUGAUUUGGCUAAUAGCCAAUGUCGCGUUGAAGAUGAGCUCAAAGCAUCCGACAAGAGUUCGGAUGAAUUGAGGGCUCUCAGUGCCACCCUUCCCAAGGAGACCGACCUCAGGACCAUUCGCGAGUUCCUCAGCUCCGACUACGUCUUGAAGGGUAAAUACGAUAAGCGCAAUAUCGACGAGUCAUCUAAGAAAAGCACUGACCUUGAUCCAUACAAGAGAGCCGAGCGCAUUCUCAAGCACUGGUUCAGCAACCACGCCGACCAUAGAAUCCGCCACCGAAUUCGCUUUCCAAAUGCAUGGAUGGCAACGAAUCUCACCAGGGAGUACACCUCGAAACUCGGUGUGUCCAAGCGUUGGUACAACUGCCUUGGAUUCUAUACUGAGCUGAGACCCUACAUCCUCUUUAUCCUAGCUCGCUAUGCUGACGGUGGCUUUGAGAUGGAUCACUCCAAGUUCAUCAAAGAGCAUAUCGUCGAUUUCGAAUUAAAUUUUGCAUAUGCCAGUGAGUAGCCGAUAGCUGAUGUAAGUCAGCUCGAGAGAGUACAUUCAAUAAAGAGCAAUAUUCAUACAUA